GGCAAUCCGCCCAUGCAAGCCCAAGAGCCUGCGCAAGGGUUGUCGGGAUGCUGGAGGAAUUGGGGAGGGUGGGGUGAGAGAGUAUGGCGGCCGUCAGGCAAGGGAGAUCAUCAUCUGUUCUGUCAUCUGUUCCCCUACAGAUCCUUUUCUUUUUAGAUGGAAUUUAUUAUGUAUUUUAUUUUUUAGCAGCACUUCUAAUGAUUAUUUAUAAAAGUCAGAUUUUCACUUAUCCAUAUAACUUAUUGACUCUUGAUCUCAUAUUGCUGUUCUUUAUGGCACUUCUCGAAGCAAUCCGCUUGUACUUUGGUACGAAAGGCAACUUGACAGAAGAGGAAGCUCCCCUUGGGAUCAGUCUCGGAGUCACUAUUGGCAGUGUACUUCUAUCAGUCUACUUUCUAGUGUGGCAAACAUAUAUCCUGAGAGCAGAUGUCAUUAUUAAUGGGGUGCUACUUGUUGCAUAUGGACUUGAAGGAAUUCUACAAAUCAUAGCAAUUGCUGCCUUUGUCAGCUAAAUCAUGUUGAUGCUUGUAUACUUGAUUUUUCUGCGUUUUCUUGCAAUAGAAGCAACAUUUAAAAAUUACACAAAGGAGAUGUCCUGGCAAUUCUGUUCCUUGUGACAUACCAAAGUUUCAUGAGACAUUGGUAAAACAGGUUCUGCUGGCCCAUUUUCAGCAUAGUAUAUUUACUGUAAUGACCUGUGCUUCAAUGAAAGUUUGCAAGUUUGUGGCAAACAAGCUGUUUUUCAAGGGGAAAAUAUCUCUUUAAAUACACAGGUCAAUGCAGGAGGAAUAUUUAUUUAUUUAUUACAUGUAUAUGCCACCCUCUCACUUUUUAAGGCAACUCUGGGCAGCUUGCAAUUUAAAUCAUAAAUAUUAAAAUAUUAACAAUGUAUACAAACA